UUUUCUCUUGGUUAUAGAUGUUGUGAUUGUCCGUAGGUGGUAGACGGUCUCUGACUGUCGAACGUGGAGGUACCACCCGGCGGAUCUCGUAGGCGGAGCCAGAAUGUGUGCAUGUUGCAUGCACACGUGUUCCCUCGCGUUCCCCCUUUCCCCAGUAUCCUCCUAUAGCCCCACGCCUUAGGCCUUCGUGGUA